AUGGUCUCAUGUUCUUUUCAGGUAGUUUUUCAUCCCGAGUUUCUCUCAUCUGUAUCACCACUGAUAGGCUUGGACUACGAGGAUUUCGUUCGUGGAUGUCAUCUGGGAGUGUUUCCAAGUUAUUAUGAACCAUGGGGAUAUACUCCAGCCGAAUGUACAGUAAUGGGAGUGCCGUCGGUCACGACUAAUCUCAGCGGCUUUGGCUGCUUCAUUAACGAGCACGUGGCAGAUGCAAAGAGUUACGGCAUCCAUGUGGUGGAUCGCCGUUUCAAAGGAGCUGACGAAUCGAUCAAUGAGCUCACAGAGGGAUUAUAUGAAUUCACGUGUUUAUCGCGUCGUCAACGUAUAAUUGUCCGUAAUCGCACAGAACGUUUGAGUGAAUUGCUCGAUUGGAAGACGCUGUCAAUGUUCUAUCGAGACGCGAGAAGAAUGGCGCUGAAGAAGAGGCAUCCGGAUCUGGAAAUGCGUUUAUCGGAUGCGAUGGCGAUGGUUCCACGUCCAAUAUCAGCGCCAGGAACGCCGUCGGUCUCCGGUCCGACCACACCUCAUGAGUCGGACUCAGAGGAUGACAGUGAACAGGAUGAAUACGAGGCACAGCAGUGGAACGAGAAAUAG